CUUAUAUAUCGCAAAUUUCUUCCCGGAGAUAUUUUUCUGUUUUCUGUAUUUGCGAAUACCGGAGAAGAUGGAGAGGCUUCUUUAUGAAGCAUCGAUAGACGGAAACUCAACGUCCUUGCUUAUAUUACUUCAAGAAGAUCCACUGAUUCUUGAUCGAGUUACACUAAACAAUAAUGACGACAUGCCUCUACAUGUUGCCUCGAUGCUUGGACAUGUAGACUUUGUUAAGGAGAUCGUAAUCCGGAAGCCUCAUCUUGCUAUGGAGCCUGAUUCACAGAGACGCUUGCCUCUUCACAUAGCAUCAGCGAAAGGCCAUGUGGAAGUAGUUAAAGCUCUGGUAUCAGCUAGCCCUGAGACAUGCCUUGCACGUGAUCGUGAUGGGAGAAACCCUCUGCAUCUUGCAGCAAUUAAAGGAAGAUACGACGUCGUGAAAGAGCUUGUGCAAGCCCAUCCCCAUGCAGCUAGAGCCAUGGUGCAACAGGAGACCAUCUUGCACUUGUGUGUGAAGCGUAACCAGCUGGAGGUUUUGAAGUUUUUAGCAGAGAGGUGUGAUCAUGAGUUUGUAAACUCUAAGGAUGCUGAUGGCAAUAACAUUCUACACCUAGCUGUGGCUGAUAAACAAAUUGAGACUAUAAACUUCUUGCUACUCGAUACAACAAUAGAAGUGAAUGCAACAAAUACUAAUGGAGACACACCCAUGGAUAUACUGGCUCAAGGUCCAAGAGAUGUGAAAGAUAAACAAAUAAUACAGUCUCUGAUGCGAGCAGGAGCUUUUGAGUUGAAAACGGAAGGUUUUCUAGGAGAAGUGCCUCAAAAUUUUAGAAUCAAAAUGGAAUUAGAUAACUCAAAGUAUAAUAAGAAACCCAGUUUGCCUUCUCACUUGAAAAAAGACUCUAACAAUGACGACGACUGGUUGGACAAAAAGCGAAACACUUUGAUGGUGGUGGCAUCAUUGAUAGCAACAAUGGCCUUUCAAGCAGCAUCGUGUUUUCUUGUGGAUUCUGAUGGUUAUUAUGUGGAUCGCUACUUCGUCUAUGUCAAUCACUUAUUGGGUUUCCAUAUCGGUAUUGACACCAAAACCCGAGGCACGAACAUUUAG